AUGGAUGAAAAUGAUUUUGAUGAGUUGAGUUUACCACUACACAGAUUCAACAAGUCCAAAGUUGUCUUUAAGAAGAAAACAAUCACCAAAUCACCACCGUCAGGUGUUUCAGGCACGAGAAAACGACGACCCGUGUUUGAAGAAGAAGAGGAUAAAGAGGAGACGGAAGAAGAAGAUGAUGAGAGAAUUGAUGAGCUUGCUCGAGCCAAUGCAGCAUUGAAAACUUCAACUGCCGGUCGGUUCAAAGGGAAGGAAAAACCGGGGGUUUCCACUCAAACUACAACAACAUCGAAACGACGAAUGGACUUGUCGAGGUACAUGAGCUCUAGCACGCCGUCAACCAAUCCGCUAGAUCCACAAUCAUCCUUGGAGAAUAUAGACGGAGAAGAGCUCAGCUUGCUAGAGUUUGACGAAGACGACCCCGAGAACAAUCCCGUGAUCGCCAACCUUGAAGAGUUCGAUAUCCUCCAGCUACCACCGCCUCCACCACCACCAUCACUUCGACGACCGGAACCGCCGCGCGAUCCACCCAAAAAAUACGUUCCCAUAGAGACAAACUCCAUGCUUCGCACCUCGAAAAGACAGUACCUCACGGACUUGGGCAAGGAGUACCAAGAUGAGCGCAAUUACGAUGAUGGCACCGGCGAUGCCGAGCCUAAACGACUCGACGAGCUUAAUCGUGGCAACAACAACAACAACAACGACGACGACGUUCACGCGGCUGACGAUCUCAGUGAUACCGAUAUGGGGGUUUUGCAGAGCCGAGGCAUUGAUUUCGAAAACAAGUUCAACCGCGAGAUUGCCAGCGAUAUCGAAAGCGAUGACGAGACCCCCAAAUUGAAAGUUGAAGAAGUCAAGAUCUAUACUGCCCGCGAGCAGAUUGAGCGUAUUGGGAGAAUGUUGGAGAUUGCCAAGCGCAGGAAAGAAGAAGUUUUGAAGAAACGGGCGGACGUACUCAGGAUGAGGGACGCGGUGAGACGUAGUCGGGAGGACUUGAUUCGACGGUUGAACAGCGUGAGCAUAGAGUAG